AGCAACUUGUGCUUACUGAAUUCAGUCCGUCCCUCUUACUUUAUCGGGUGAUUUACGAAUUGCAACUAUGGCCAUGCGCAAUACCCGUCCCAGGAAAAUGUCCGUUCAUCAUUCAGACUUAGAUAGAAUCAGUGACUUGCCAGAAAAUGUCCUUGAGAAAGUAGUGAUGUGUUUGCCAAUUCGAGAUGCUGUAAGAACUAGUAUCUUGUCAAAAAAAUGGAGGAACAAAUGGGCAGAAGCUCCUCAGCUUAUAUUCGACACUACUUUUGCCCCGAUAGUUCACCCAUCAUCACAAAUUAAGACACUUCUCAUGACCAUAUAUGAAGUGUUAUUACUUCACUCUGGACCAGUUCAUAAAUUCACUCUCUCCUUUCCUGGAUUGAAAAGUUGUCCUGAGAUUGACCGGUUGAUUCUUUUUCUGUCUAGAAAAGGUGUUUAAGAUUUCAAACUUUGCAUCUCAACUGGUUACACCCACAAAUUGCCGUCAUACCUCUUUUCAUGUUCGGAUCUAAAAUAUCUGUGUCUAAGUUUGUGUAUAUUCACACCUCCACCCACAUUCAAAGGAUUUAGCUCACUCGUUAGUCUAAAGCUUCAGGAAGUUCUGUUUCCUCCGAGCUUUAAGGAUUUUAUCUUCAGCUGUUCGUUACUUGAAGAACUAAUGUUGGAUUGCUGCACAAAUAUCUCUUGCCUUGAGAUCAAUUGUCCUAAACUCAAACUCCUUUAUUAUAUUGGUUCUUACCAAACUUUGUGCUUUAAAAAUACGCCUCUUCUUGCAACGGUGACAAUUUAUGAGAUUAGAGCUCGAUAUCCAAAAUCCAAAGGAAAGUUGAUACCUGAUUUAGUUCAGGUACUAUGUAGUUUACCUGCAGUGAAGUACCUAAGUGUGGAUUAUUAUUUUCUUAAGACCUUGGUCGUUCAUGACACAUUGAAGAGGCAUCCAACUCCUUUGCAGCACUUAGGAACUAUUAGAACUUUUUAUGUAUCCUUUAGUAAAUUGGAGGAAGUCACAUCUAUUUUUCACUUGCUUAGAAGCUCUCCUAACUUGCAAAACCUUCAAAUUGAGAUGUAUUCAGAAGCUGGAGCCAAUGCCGUUAAACCUUCUGAACUCUUAGAUGCUGAACAUCUCGCAAAAGCUGAAGGGCAGUCCGACUAUUCCUUAAACCAACUUCAAGAAGUGAAGUUGCAAAGGUUUUACGGUAGCAGGCCGGAAGUAGAGUUUGCCAAGUUUUUGUUAGCCAAAUCACCUCUGCUCAAGACAUUAUCUCUGCAGCCUCAUGAAGGGAUGUCCAAAGACGAACAACUAGCAUUAUUGAAGGAGAUUAUUCGAUUUCGCCGUUCAUCACCUAACGCAGAAAUCAUUUGUGAGGAAUUUGUUGAAGAGUGAUGAUGGUACAAUUAGCAUGUGACGUGA